AUGGACUAUGAAAGACAAAUAGGACAAAAGGAUAAGUUUACACCUUUUAUAAAGUUCUUUGAGAAAUUUGUUGAUAAUCGUAUCUCCAAUUAUAAACUCUCAGAGUAUGCAACAGUAGAUGAAAUGUUUGCUGCCUUUAGAAGGAACUAUCCAUUCAGGAUCUACAUGCCAAGUAAACCAGCAAAAUAUGGCAUAAAAAUAUUUAUUUUGGCAGAUGCUAAAACUUUCUAUGUGUCAUGUAUGGAGGUCUACAUGGGGAAACAACAAGAAGGCCCUUCUGUAGUAGAUAAUUCAGGAACAGCAGUGGUAAAAUGGUUGGUGUCUCAUAUAAAUGGGUCUGGAAGAAAUAUUACGAUGGAUAAUUGGUUUACAAGUUACAGACUUGCAGAUGAUCUCUUGAAGGAUUAUAGAUUAACAUUAGUUGGUACUCUGAGAAAGAACAAGAUAGAACUUGCUCCUCAAUUUGUUGCCACAAGAGGCAGAGCUGAAUACACAAGCUUGUUUGGUUUCCAGAAGGAUGUUACACUGACCGCAUAUGUUCCCAAGAAAGGUAAAAAUGUUGUCCUACUGAGUACAAUGCAUCAUGAUGCUGCAAUUGAUGAAAGUACAAAAGAAAAAAGAAAAUCAGAGAUUAUUACCUUCUACAACAGUACUUACUAA